AUGACUAAGGACAGAUUGGCAGCUUUACAAGCUGCUCAAAGUGAUGAUGAAGAAGGAGGAAAUGAUGAUGUUCAAGUUAAUAUGGAGGGGAGAGAUGGAUUUAUGGAUGAGUUUUUUUCCGAGGUGGAGGAAAUACGAGAGAUGAUAGAUAAAAUUCAAGCUAAUGUCGAAGAAGUCAAAAAGAAACAUAGUGCAAUACUUUCGGCACCUCAAACGGAUGAGAAGGUGAAACAAGAAUUAGAAGAUCUAAUGGCUGACAUAAAAAAAACUGCCAAUAAAGUCCGUGCCAAAUUGAAGGUGAUAGAGCAAAACAUCGAGCAAGAAGAACACACGAACAGAUCAUCAGCCGAUCUGAGGAUACGAAAAACACAACACUCGACUUUGUCACGGAAGUUUGUCGAAGUUAUGACGGAAUAUAAUCGAACUCAGACGGAUUAUAGGGAGAGGUGUAAAGGGAGAAUACAGAGGCAGUUGGAAAUCACGGGAAGAACAACGACGAAUGACGAAUUAGAAGAUAUGUUAGAACAAGGGAAUCCCGCGGUUUUUACUCAAGGGAUAAUUAUGGAAACGCAGCAAGCGAAACAAACAUUAGCUGACAUAGAAGCGAGGCAUGCGGAUAUUAUUAAGCUAGAAAAUUCUAUUCGUGAGCUUCACGACAUGUUUAUGGAUAUGGCGAUGUUGGUGGAAAGUCAAGGAGAAAUGAUAGAUCGUAUAGAAUAUCAUGUAGAACACGCGGUAGAUUACGUACAGACGGCUACUCAGGAUACCAAAAAAGCGUUGAAGUAUCAAAGUAAAGCUCGCCGUAGAAAAACAAAAUUGAAAUUUAAAAUUUGUUGGCAUUCUGUCAUAUGA